CGCCUAUGACGACCAGAAAAACGGUUUAUUUUUCGUCCACAUGAUUUUCCUGGCCAAAUCUAGCACAACAUCCAAGAAUUGAAUUUGUAUCGCACGUCUCUCGAAACUUGAAAAGAAUGCUCCAUUGCCGUGGGUUUCUUUGGAUUGACAGUAUCUCUGGAAAAAGUGUAGAGUGGUUACUUAAUUCAAGCAACGUUUUAUAGCCGAAUUUUUCUGGUCAUGCCUGAUCUUGAGCAAAAAAACUGUUACAUGCAAUCAAUAUCAUGAAAAUUUCACGCGAUAAUGUCAAUAACGUAUUUAAAUGUGUGCUACCGCUGACAACAUCCAUAACAAGUAUAGGUUGCUUGGUACUCGAGCGUUUUGGAGUCGUGGACCGACCGGUAUUUAACAAUGUCGCCAUGAAUUUGUACGGUGCACCUUGAGUGCUCAGAUUUUACAUCACCAGGGAACGUGUUAAGUGAGCGAAAUUACUGUGCAAUGCCCCUCAUGUCUGUCCCGCAGGACGAUCUUAACGAUUAAUUGCGUUGCAGCUAUUAGCUUGGGCGAUUUGAUGAUAUUGAAUCAUUAAGCAUACGGAGAGGUCCAAGAUCAAGUUCGGGAGAUUACGGGGAAGCAGCACUAGUAGGCCAGGGAUAUAGUAAAUAUCUUCUCCUUUCUUACAAUGCAAAAUAUUGGUGUCUUUCUUGACAGACUAUGACAUUCGUCUCCGCUCGUACGUCCAAGACGUGCAGUGGGCUCAAGUAAUAUCGUCCACUUAGAUGUACUAAGUAAUAACACAGCUACUGAGCCCCAACAUACAGGUAGUUUAAAACUCGCUAGCUUCGAAAUGUAAGGGAAAGCUGCAAAGGCAGCCGUCAGCUGUUCGCACUUUGGAUCAGCGCAUCUUAAGAAAGCAUAGUUUCAAAUCCUGCGUUAACCGUUUAGCCUCCACGCUCAGCGUUAAUUAAUGACCGCGUCAAAUGCAAUACAAACGAUUUUGUGCACCGCAGUAUUUGCUUAUUACCGCAAUAGAGCGAGAUGGAACACCUCAGUCUGUUUGAAUAAAGGCAAUUAUACUCAGUUUGUGAGACGUGGCUUUGGCUAUGACAAUGAUUGGUCAUGUAUUAGGCUGCGUGUUUCGGUACGCGGUGCGAAUUUGUUUGAGACGGUUGGUGCGCUAUUCCUCGAUUUGUUUUAAC